AUGGGACUUGUGAAGAUGAUACUCGAAGUCAACAACACUUUUGGAGAAAGACGCAUGUAUCUACUUGAUGGAUCGAGCCCUGCCAGUCCGCCGCGCACAUCUGAUUCUGAACAAACGUCUGGAUCCGAAGAACAUGGAUCGCAGAUGCCUAUUCGGGCGAAGUCGAAGUUUACCGACGUAUGGAUGAAAGAUUUCCAUGUGUCGCCGUUCAACUCUCGAAAGGGUUCGUAUGCGCUGAAGGCCCAAAACCCUUUCCCUUCUGUGGAUUACGAGAACCCUCUGAUCGACAACACGAUUACCCUCAAAUCUUCCAAAGACCACGGGAAGCUUGUAGCUCGUCUCUUUUCUACUGGAAAGGCCAUUGACCCGGAUCGAUUGGGUUUCCUCGGAACUCUGCGGUUCAUCCUGAGCUGGUGGUGGGUAGGCUUUGUAACGUUCCCGCGCAUUGUCAGAGAAGCUGGCAAGAUCUUCUUCAAGAGGAAGUUGCACGUGUGGUUCCGGCCGGAGGUGCUAACGUCGAGCGUUGGUCGGCCUCCCACUUCCGCUGAGAUAAACUACCUACACGUACUCGUAAACCAGACCGAAGUAGACUUUUGCAUCACGUUCAAGGCGUCGGUUCCCAACAUCCCCACCGACAAGAUCGCAACGACACACGUCCCUGGUCGAGACCGGCCAUACAAGUACAUUGAGAUCCGUGUGCUUACACCAGCAUUCUACUCGCGACUCAUCCACUACACCUACAUGUCCGAGGCCAUCGAUCGCGAGUGCAUCUUCACCGACGAACGGAACAGGACGUUAUGGUUGUGCCGUCCCCAGCUCCUACCUCUGCUACUCUCAGAACGCUCAUCGAUACGCCUCAAAGACGAGGACACGCCACCAGUCCGAAGAAGCUACCUCGACGAGCUGAGAUGGUGGUUGCUCAAGAAGUUGAGGUGCCCACCCGCCGACCCUGCAUACUCAGUCACGCCGCAAAAUCCCGCGGCCAAUGCCGUUCUCCGAGUUGGAUAG